ACAAUUGUGUUUGGGUUUACUGUGCUGUGUGAUUUCCUGCUAGACUUUGCAGCCUGCCGUAGGGGUGUUAGACGCAGAGAUUACGCAGUUUUAGUAUCUGAACCCGGAUCUUUCAAGCCCCGUUCGGGGGUACCGUGGUUAUGAAUGAAGUUGGAUUAUUGAUGGAUGAACAAUGCAGCUUAUGCUAUCAGGAUAGUAGAGGUAUUUAUGAUUAGCUUGAGCAGCAGAGGAAGCGUUUUUUUUAUUUGGCUCAAGUUUAUUAUCAAUUUUAGUACCUUUCAGAUGAAAUGAGACCGGCUAAUAUGGUCAUAAUCUAAUUUUACAAUCACUUUAUAAGAUUCUCACGAUGAGCAAGGUUAGGUAGUUGAUAGAUACAGUACUUAGAUACACCAUUGAGAGUACCAUUCCGGAACUCAAAGAGGUCUGAUUCAAGUGUUUUAUGCACACUAUCCUCUGCGCUUCAACAUAGAAUUACCCGUAUACAACAACCGCCAUACGUAGGACAGAAUCUUCUACUCUUGGUACUCAAAUCAGCCAAGUAUGAGUGGCAUAAGCAGGGCUAGAUCAACAACUGUUGUUACGAAUAUGGGUAGAAUCAUAUCCCAUCUUGUACACCAAAAUGUUCUCAAAAGCAGCAACAAAGUGUAAACGGAUAGGAUAUUGGAGAUAGCCAUACGAACCAGACGAAAUCCAGAUGUGUGAACCGGUUCGAUCUGGUCGAAAAAACGAAUGGAAUGUGGUAAAGAGCUUAUCAAUUAGACGGAUUGGUACCUGUUACAGUUGAGAUUGAGUAACAAUGGCUUAUCACAAAGAAUCACGUCCCACAAAGAACGCUACAGAUGUUUCAUACCAUUGGCUCGAGAUCUCUUGCCAUUGAGUACAGAUAACAGCCCACCAUUGGCCGAAUGUUGCCGGGCUAAGGAAAACUGAUCCACAUUCCAGACUUUGGGUCGCGCGCAAAAUAAACAAAACUGUCUCAGUGGAUGCUAGCAACAUGUUUUCUACUCAAACGCAGAGACAGUUCAUCUGAUGCGUCACGCGCAUUGCUUUUAUGCUGCGUAAUGCCGUGCGUAUACAUCAGAUUGGAAUUCCCAAUCUUAGCCGCGUGUCGCGCGCCCUGGAAUGCCGAACGUUCGAUCAACUGUCGGACACUGCCCGUCCAUGGUGUGUGGGUAAAGCAGGUAUUUGCAUACCCACUGGCCCAGCACCAUGACUGGGCCAAAAAGCCACCACACUGAGGAGUGACUUUGCUGUGGUCUAGCCUAUAAGAUAAGAUAGGGGAAAAGUAUAUCAAAUGCCAUACGCUGAUUGGUCGAGUGGCUCUCCAGAGUCAUCUAUCUAUUGUUGGCGUUCUGUAGAGGCUGUAUAUAAAGGCUGCGCUGGGAGUGCAUUUGAUGGGUCAUUUGAAAACGUGUUCGAAGUAAUUGUGUGAGACAACACUACUGGUCAUGAAGUUUGUUUUGAAGUGUUUGGCGAUCUUUUUGGCAGCUAUCCUGUGCUCGAUAGCUGAAGGAAACAAGAUCCGAUGCUAUUCGUGUGAUGAUUGUAACAAACAAGAGCCGGAGAUCGUCCAGUGCAGCGCCAAUAAUGGGCUGGAUCUGAAUGCGCUGAGCUACAACCCAACCUACCCGAUACUGACACCGUCUACGCCGUACUGGAACGCAAACCCCUGGGAUCCGCUGUUAACGCCACCACCGCUCGUAGGUAACAACAAUGGAGGCGCUUGGUGUCCUGGAUAUCCGGGAUAUCCAAUCCUUACACCGCCACCGUUGGGCGGCGGUGGCAUCAAUCAGCAGUAUCCCUGGGACCCACUGCUAACGCCACCACCGCUCGUUGGGGACAAUAAUGGAGGUGCCUGGUACCCGGGAUACCCCUGGUACCCGGGCUACCCGGGAUAUCCAAUCCUUACCCCGCCACCGUUGGGCGGCGGCGGCGGCAUUCAGCAGUACCCGUGGGAUCCACUGCUAACGCCACCACCGCUCGUAGGAAAUAAUAAUGGAGGCGCCUGGUACCCGGGCAAUCCAAUCCUAACGCCACCGACCACCUACUAUCCGUACGGAAAGGAGCACCAACAGACGGGGGACAAGGGGCAGAAGCGCUUCGUUUGCGCGACGAUCCGAAGCAAAGGAAAGGAUCUACAAACGGACAUCGUACACCGGCGUGGAUGUGCCGAGAUCGAGGGAUACGCUGUCGGUGUGUGCGACCAGGGACAGAUACCGGUGACGGAGGGUGGCAUUACGAGCUGCCGCGUGUGUGGACAUUCGCUGUGCAACGAGUGAGGCUGUGUAGUGAUCGAUUUUAAAAGCGUGCUGUGAUUUGUGUGGGUGAUGCAGGUAGAAGAAUGAAUGGGCUAAAAAUACUGAUUAAUUCAUAUGAAUAAAUGCAAUAAUUUAGAAAUUUGUUUUACAAAACUUAGGCGAGUAACGGUACAGAUG